GUCGACGUUACGUCACUGGGAGCAGGAGGCUCACUUUCUGGUGCCGACGUCAGAUGUGCAGAGAGCGGUUUUAAUAUAUCAGAAACACAGGAACCGGCUGUCGAGGAGCAACACACCAAAGGAAGAUGAAUCCAAAGGACGACAAGCGGGCGGCGUCAUGUAGCAGCACUGUUUUUGUGCACAACCCUUACCUGGAUGGACUGAAAGAUGACAUCCUCUACCACUUUGGUUUAGGAACUGGAACUCAUGACCUACCAGCGAUGUUUGGUGAUGUCAAAUUUGUGUGUGUCGGGGGCAGUCCUUGGAGAAUGAAAGCAUUCACUGAGUACAUUGCUGCUGAGCUCGGUAUGGAAGACCCGAAAUCAGAGUACCCAAACAUCUGUGCUGGAACAGACCGCUAUGCUAUGUACAAAGUCGGCCCUGUUCUGUCAGUCAGUCAUGGGAUGGGCAUACCAUCUAUUGCCAUAAUGUUGCAUGAGCUAAUAAAGCUCCUCCAUCACGCACAUUGCACAGAUGUUACAAUUGUACGCAUUGGAACAUCAGGUGGAAUAGGGCUUGAGCCUGGCACAGUUGUCGUCACCAAGCAGUCCAUGGAUGCCACCUUCCAGCCCAAGUUUGAGCAGGUGAUCCUGGGGAAAACGGUGGUGCGCAAUACUGAUCUGGACCAAAGCCUGGCUGAGGAGCUGCUGCAGUGCGGCAAGGAGCUGAACCAGUUUAAGACCGUGAUUGGCAACACCAUGUGUACACUGGAUUUCUAUGAAGGACAAGCUCGUUUGGAUGGAGCUUUCUGCUCCUACACUGAGGAGGACAAAAAGGACUACCUCAAAAAAGCUAGUGAAGCAGGAAUCUGCAAUAUUGAAAUGGAGUCAUCAGUUUUUGCUGCUAUGUGCAAGCUGAGCGGUCUACAAGCGGCUGUUGUUUGUGUGACAUUACUGGAUCGGCUGAAGGGGGAUCAGCUCAGCAGCUCUCAUGAAGUUCUUCACAGUUAUCAACAACGUCCUCAGAUUCUGGUCGGCUCCUACAUCAAGAAGCAGCUGAAGGGCAAAGCAGUACGUAGCUAGGUGCAGCAGUGGUUUGCAAGCACACAUGAAGUCCUGGGUAUCUUCUCUUGAAAACAUGGUGCUAUGCAAUAACUCAGCUUUAAACAUUUUUAUACGUUCUUUCCUGCUCACAAAUAGCCAUACCUUUAAAUAGGUUUAGAUUAAACUUUAAGAUUAUGCACUGAGUUUUAUUCAUUGACACUGUCCUCAUACACUGGCAUGCACUAUUUAACUGUUGUUUCAUCUUGUAUUUAUCUUAAAUACAAUUUAAAUGAGUCUUAAAUGUUAGGUAGAAGCCUAUGGCCAUAUUUUUUUAUUUAAGGCUGCCUCUGUUUUUAUAUGACGUAUGAUAUAAAGUUCCUUUGCCAUAAAACCUGAAUCACAACUUGACUUUUGGUAAGUCUGUGUGUACAACAGUGCUGUAACAAAAUCAGCUAGUUUAAAUGUUUCAUGAAAACCAAAAGAGAGGCACUAAUAUUGAUAAAUUUGUCUUUAUGUUAUAUAGGUUGUUGCCAAAUAUGUAUCAUCUGAGAUAUAUUUUAUGCUGAAUUUAUGUUGUUUUUCUUAGAUUAGGCUUCUGUAAUGUUCCAAUUAAUGUUUUAAAACUAAUAAAUCAUAGUGAGAUCAUGUUGGAA